AACCGGGCAUGCAUACAUGCGUGACGGUGGCGUUACAUGUAAAUACCGGAUUCCCGAUGAGUACAGUGGAUUUGUGGUGCUCGAGAGGAUCCUAUGGCGACACAAGAGAAGUCCGGGAAGAUAUACAAAGAGCCCGCAGUCCGUCCGCCCAGCGUCAAUCGAUUGAAUGAAAUAGCGAAGAAUCUGGGUCUAGAUCUGGACGAAAGGGAGGUGCACGAAUACCAUGAGGCCAUUGCCAACACCUUGGCGGAUACAUACCAGAGACUAUACGAGCUUCCAGAUCUGAAAAUUCCUGUAAAGUACCCUAGGACGCCAGGAUACAGGCCUUCAGCGGCGGAAAAUCCAUACAAUGCAUGGUACUGGCGCAGCGAUAUUAAGGGAGCAACAAACGGAAAACUCCAUGGCAAAACACUGGCCAUCAAAGAUAAUGUUUGUGUGGCUGGAGUCCCUAUGAUGAACGGUUCCAGGAUUCUCGAGGGCUUUGUCCCGGAUGUUGAUGCAACUGUAGUAUCCCGGAUACUGGAAGCCGGAGGUCGUAUACUAGGCAAAGCUGUGUGUGAGAAUCUGUGCUUCGAUGGAGCAAGUUUUACUUCAGCUACGGGUCCCGUGCUCAAUCCUUAUGACCAGACAAGGAUGGCAGGUGGCUCGUCCUCAGGGUCAGCGGCUCUGGUCGCAGGAGGUCAAGUGGAUAUGGCUUUAGGUGGAGAUCAAGGAUGCUCCAUAAGAGCACCAGCACAUUACUGUGGUAUUGUGGGUUUAAAACCUACGCACGGCCUAGUUCCAUACACUGGAAUUAUGCCACUUGAACUGACCAUUGAUCACGUUGGACCAAUGGCCAGGACUGUGUAUGACACAGCAUUAUUGUUAGAGGUCAUAGCUGGGUUUGAUGAUGGAAUGGACCCGAGACAACCUAGUGACUUGCAGCCUACUUUGUCAUACACAGAACAGUUGACGGGAAAUGUAUCCGGAAUGAAGAUUGGCCUGGUAAAGGAAGGCUUUGGACACACUGGUGCAGAAUCUGACGUUGAGGAGCUCGUUAGACAAGCUGCCAGCUGCAUACAAACACGCCUUGGUGCCAAAGUCCAGGAGGUAUCCAUACCGAUGCAUCUAGACGGGUUAAAGAUAAUUUCGGGUAUUUCCAUUGAGGGAAGCACUAGAAUGAUGUUGGAAGGAGGAGGUUUUGGAACUUCUGCCAAGAUGUAUUACGACACUGUUUUGCAGCAAGCAUUUGCACGUGGACUGAAGACACACAUGAAUGAUUUACCGAUUACGUGCAAACAAACCCUCUUGCUUGGACGCUAUCUUCUAUCAGAAUAUAACGGACAUUUCUACAGUAAAUCACAGAAUUUGGCUAGGGAGCUGUCCUUAGCGUACGACAGGGCAUUACAGGAGUGUGAUAUUCUGUUAAUGCCAACCGUUCCGAGGAAAGCUCAGCUGUUACCUCCAGCAAAUCUUUCAAUGGAAGGUCAGUGGAAAAAUAAAUAAUCGUGAAUUUCGAAGCGUACAAUUUUUGUCAUCGUAACAUGAUUUCUUUCGUGAUAAGAUUUGGGAUGGCCCGGGAGAGGUUUAUAGUUCCCGUGCUGAUUUCAAUCAGAGAGCAUUUUAGCAUGUGAACUGUUUGAUCACGUGGCCAGAUGUUUCUAUGGUAAUCAUGUAUUCAAAGUGUUGUUGAGCUUGUUGUUUUUUUCGUUGUUUUUAUUUUACCAAAACUUAGUGUUGUUUGGAGGAUUUUCAUGCCCUUUAAUAAUAUUAUUUGAUUAUUGUUGAGGGACGAGGGCCUCAAUGAUGGUGUGGAAAUCUCCGUUAUUAGUUAUCAGAUUUCAGCUGUCAAGACAUUUUGCAAAUCUCAGAUUUCAGCAAUCAGUUUAAUAUGUAUCUUUGUCAGGUGUGAGUUACAGUUUUA